AUGCUUACAAGGAACUCGGGGCUCAAAAAGUCAUUACCUUGGGUUAGCUCGACGCUCUUCUGCGCCAAACGUCGCUUUCUGGCACAGGUUGCCAAUGUGCGGAACGUACCUACUGAAGAUGGCAAGCCCUUUGACGUUCCUAUACCAGAAGACAGCUUCGAGACGUAUCAUUUCGACCAUCCCCCAUACACAGUAGGAACCACAAAAAGGCAGCUCAAGAACAUGUACCAAGACAUGCUUACGAUAAGACGAUUGGAAUUAGCUGCCGACGCUCUUUACAAACAAAAGAAGAUUCGUGGAUUUUGUCAUUUAUCAACUGGCCAAGAGGCAGUCGCUGUCGGCAUUGAAUAUGGCAUCAGCAAACAAGACAAAUUAAUCACUGCAUACCGCUCUCACGGAUUCACAUUUAUGCGAGGAGGGAGUAUCAAGUCUAUUGUUGGCGAACUACUUGGACGACAGGAUGGCAUAUCCCACGGCAAAGGAGGCUCUAUGCACAUGUUCUCUCAUGUACCAGUCGGGGCUGGAAUAGCCUUUGCUCAGCAGUACAAUGACAGGGAUAAUGUCACGAUUGAUGUGUAUGGUGACGGAGCAGCAAACCAAGGUCAAGUCCAUGAGGCUUUCAACAUGGCGAAAUUGUGGAACCUGCCUAUUUUGUUCGGCUGCGAGAAUAAUAAGUACGGCAUGGGGACCUCUACUGAAAGAGCGUCUGCAAUGACUGAUUAUUACAAACGUGGUUUAUAUAUCCCUGGUUUAAGAGUGAACGGCAUGGACGUCCUGGCAGUAAUGGCAGCAGUAAAACACGGCAGAGAGUUUGUUAGAGCUGGAAACGGGCCCUUGGUCUAUGAAUAUGUGACAUAUAGAUACGCCGGGCACUCAAUGAGUGAUCCUGGAGUCGCAUACCGGACUCGCGAAGAGUUAAAGGCGGAGCGUGCCAGUGACCCAGUUUCGAACUUUCGCGGGCAGCUGAUAGAUUGGGGCGUCAUCACGGAGGACGAAGCAAAAGCAAUUGAUAAGAAUGUGAGAGAAAAGGUAAAUCAUGAGGUGGCAGAAGCCGAGAAGAUGCCGGAACCUGAGCCGAGCCUGGAUGUUUUGUUUCAAGAUAUUUAUGUCCGUGGGAGUGAGCCUGACCAGUACCGAGGACGUACCGUGGACGAGACGCGCUAUUAG